AAAAAUAUCCAGUCUAUUGUCACAUGACUGAGAUUCCCGGAUGUGGAACAGGAGGCUGGACACUAGUGAUGAAAACAAACGGUGAUUUGGUAAGAAAAUAUCUGACCGGCCUAGCUCCCGCGUCUUCAAAGGAUCAGUUGCGCCUUUACUCGCACAAAUAAAGGUUUUUAACUUGGAAAUGUUACUUGCAAAUCAACGCGUUCUUGAAAUGAAAAAGAUAUUUAGGUUUGAGACGCUAUUGCUCCGAGUGUCUCCGCAACGGGCAAGUUGCUUGAUCAAGGUACUGACCAAGAUCUACUCGGAUAUCUUUAUUUAGAUAAUUAAAAUCAGAAACUACUCGAUAGUCGAACCUCAUUUUUCCCAUUCCGUCUUCGCUCUUCGUAAACUUAACUUGUUUUCUAUUCCUUAAUUACACAGAGUACAUUUACAUAUGAUUCCCCAUUGUGGACGAACAAUGAAAGUUAUGCAGUUGAAAAUGGACUUGAAGGACUAACGGAGAAAGAAAGUAAACUGGCCUCUUAUUGGAACACUCCUUUCAAGAAAAUAUGUCUUGGUAUGACCGUUAACGCCGACAGAAAAUGGAUAAUGUUAGAUUACGAAGCAAGUUCCCUGUGCAGUGUGAUCGCAGACGAAAAAUACCGAAGCACAACCGCAGGACGACCUGCAUGGAAAUAUCUGAUCGCGGGCUCGUCGUUACAACUAAAUUGCAAUGAAGAAGGUUUCAGCAUUGCAUAUAAUGCAGUGAAAGUACGUAUUGGAUAUUACGCGAACAACCAAAACCAUUGCAGAUGGUCAGAUUCAUGUAUUGGAUUUGGUAUUACUUACACUGCUUGUCACAUAACAUCUCACAUUACAUGUGGUAAUAUUGCGCAGUGCAAUGAUAAUGAUAAUGGCCAUAAACUGACUGCGGCAUUUGGAUAUAUUUUAGUUCAGUGA